UGUUGACACGAGGGCUCGCAGAGGGCAUCCUCGUAGCUGUGGUAGUUUAUGGUAGCGGCCGCAGUUGGCGUCAAGCAGAGGUUUUCGCUGUCAUUUCCGGUGUUGCAGGUAUGGGCUGCAGCAUCAGAGCGCGAGCAGCCUAGACAUUUCUGUUUCUGACGGAUGUUUGUGCAAGCACUGAAAAAAGACCCGAAUUCAGGCGGGCUCCCCUCCUCCCCGUUGGUGGCCUCGACCCUGGAUUCGCACCAUGCCCCGCUAUGGAUCAGCACUCAGCGCUCAGCGCCUCUCGCCGGAUCUUGUUCAUCCAGAUUGCAGAUUGCGUCGUCGUCGUCAGCAAGGAAUUUACCCUCCAAGAAGAGCCAGGGUUCCAGAUUCUCCAGGAUUCUCCAGAGGAGAAAGCAGCAUUUUAUUCGAGCAGUUAAAGGGCUUUGUCAGGCCAUCAGCCUUCCUUCUUUCCGACGCAGCUGCAUAUAAAGCGGAGCCAUCGGACACAUCGGCCCCAGCAAUCGGUCGUGCAGCACUGCAGCAGGUCUUGCGCCCGCCGACUCGACGCCAAUCGACGGGUUCGACACCGCAAAUCCAUCUGAUCAGGGCACCCCCCUUUUGGCGACCCCCGGUCCUGGCUCCAGCGACUUGGCACACAUACAAUAUCACCCAUAGCCUCCCCCCACCCUUUCUCUUCUCCAACAUAUAUUCCCCAUCCUCUCGGCCUUGUCCGUCUGUCCGACCUCCCAGCUCGUUCGUCUUGCACCCAAACGACUUCCUCGCAGAAAAACAACCCUUGUGUUUGGUUCCGUUGCGCUUCGGCCCGGCCCCCUUACGUGCUACUCGAAACCUCGUGUUCACAGCCACCAAACAACCAAGCAUCACGACGCACAUAUCGCAUAUAGGUCUCGCUUCGAUAUUUUUUACGACGAUCCUGUCCAGGGGAAGAAGAAAAACGAUCAAGCCACUUCUGGUUCUGAGGUCAGAUAUGAGCAGCUUGCCAGCCUGCUCUACUAAGCUGUUGUUGUUGUUGUUGCCCGUAGGAAGCACUGGCAACCGACACGUUCGAUUUCUGGGACCGUGAAUCACGCUUCGCAAAACAACACCUCCAGAACCACCAUAACUACCAUACAAUAUCCAAAGCAAUGGCUACCUACUCCCCCGAAUACUCGGAUGACGAGUACGAUUUCGACGAGGAGUACUUUGCGCAAACCUACAAGCCGCUCUCCAACCUCCCGACCCCUCCACCCUCGUCACGCGACUCCUUGAUCGCUCACAGCCCGAGGUCUCUUUUUGAAGAUGGAGGACUUGCUGAUUCUGUCCUUUUCGGCCCCGCCGUCCACUUGGUAAACCUUGUGCCUCCAACGGCUUCUCUGGCUGUGCCGUCAGUCGCCCUUGUUCAUGAGAUUCUAGUCCGGGCUGAUCUGCCAAUGGACACCAUCGGCCUUGCAGUUUGCAUUUUGGAUUCGCUCAGCUCCAAGUUUUCGCUCAAUUGGAGGUUGCUCUGCCCGCUGGCACAGAGAGAGGCGCUCUCUGAGCUUCCCAAGCGGCACACGCUCCCGGUCAGUCCGGUGGGGAUGGCCCAGCUACACAUCGACUGUGUUGGUCCGGAGAUUAUCGUUCUGACCGCAUUGAUCAUUGCCGUCAAGUUUCUGGAGGAUUGCCAGGAGCCCACACAAUACUACGCAUCAGCAUGGGGGAAGAACCAGUGGACUUGCGACCAAAUCAAUGUCACCGAAAGGUGCAUCAUGGAAAGCCUGGGCUACCGGAUUCUCCCCUUGUGGGACCCCGUGUUGAUUGGGAGUGUGGUUAAAGACAUGGAGCGUGCUGGAAGGCAGGCGCUCUACCCUCCACAGCCCAGAAAAAUCGACAAGCACCAGCGCUCCCAGAGCGAGGCCGUAACAGGCCUCGGUCUUCCCUUCACGCCGGCAGAAACGCCAGUGUUAGAGAACGGCCCCGCUGUUGUUGUCCCUUUGGUGGAUGGAGGGAAAAUGCACGUCACAUUUGGCGGUGAAGGCGCGCCCGCACCAGACCUGCAUCUGCCACGGGGAAAGCGAAAGACAUUCCCCACGAGCGGGUGAAGGGCUAGGGAAACUUGGCUAUGAUUCAUUGGGUCACUUUUUUGUUUUUGGGAGGGGGUGCCAACACAUUGGUUUUUCUGUCAAGCAUAGCACAGCGGGUUUUGCAUAACACCUCCAUCCAACAACACAUCCAACAGCAUUGCGAGAACGGCGGAUAUUGGACACAACAAUGGGCCGGGCAUAUCACAUUUACCAACCAACUUUUUACUGGCGCUUCGGAUUACUCUUUUCGGCGUUUUUGAUAUUAUUUUUUAUUGUCAAGCGGUUCGGGCGCAGCAAAACUUCAUUCUACGAUACCACGACUGAAUUGAAGAACUUUGUUUACGGGGGGGGAGG